UUCUACUAAUGAGCUGUUGUAUGCGUUUCUAUGUUAAAGCCUUAUGAAAAAUUGCUGGACUUGACAGACCCCGUUCUUAGAGAGGGAACUAUUGGGAAGAGCCGGACUUGCUCUCAUAGGUGUUAGUGUUCUGCUAUUUGCGGAUCAUGGGGUCGAUGUUCCGUAGUGAGGAAGUGUGUCUAGUGCAGCUCUUUCUUCAGUCUGGCUCAGCGUAUAACUGUGUCAGUGAACUGGGGGAACUGGGUAUUGUUGAAUUCAGAGAUUUGAAUCCCAAUGUAAAUGCCUUUCAAAGAAAGUUUGUGAGUGAAGUGAGGAGAUGUGAAGAGUUGGAGAAGACAUUUGCAUUUUUGGAGCAGGAGAUUGGGCGCUCACUGUCUCCCACUCUGCGGACUCCUCUGCAGCCCCCUGUUCUGACUCCUCCUGCACCUCAGCCCAGGGAGUUACUCACCAUAGAGGAGGAGAGUGAACGGCUGGCCCGCGAGUUGAAAGAGGUGUCCAGGAACAGAGACAGCCUCCGAGCUCAGCUCAACCAGCUGUGUCAAUACAAGGGAGUUCUCACUCAGACACACUCUCUCACUUCCUCCCAGGCUCCGCCCCCUUCAUUUGACCAAGGUAACAUAAUUGACAAUCGGCAAGAUGUUAAACUCAGUUUUGUCGCGGGCGUGGUACACCCGUGGAAGGUCCCCUCCUUUGAGAGGUUGCUAUGGCGAGCGUGCCGUGGUUACAUCAUUGUGGACUUCAAAGAGAUGGAGGAAAAACUGGAACACCCUGACACUGGGGAAAUGAUACAGUGGACAGUGUUUCUGAUCUCGUACUGGGGUGAUCAGAUUGGACAAAAAGUGAAGAAGAUCUGUGAUUGUUUCCACACACAGACCUUUGCAUAUCCUGAAAGCCAAACAGACAGAGAAGAGGUGCUUGAUGGCCUGAGGGGCAGAAUAGAAGAUAUUAAAUCAGUGAUGGGGCAGACAGAGCAGUAUCUGCAGCAGCUGCUGGUGCAAGCUCUGGCCGUCGUGCCUCAGUGGCGUGUGCGAGUGCAGAAGUGUAAGGCUGUGCAGAUGGUUCUGAAUCUGUGCAGUCCCUCUGUGACGGAGAAGUGUCUCAUCGCAGAGGCCUGGUGCCCCGUCAGCCAACUGCCAGCACUGCAGAGUGCCCUCAGAGAAGGAGGGAGAAAGAGUGGGAGUGGUGUAGAUUCAUUCUACAACCGUUUGCCAGCCAACACCUCCCCUCCCACCCUGUUUCCCACCAAUGCCUUCACCGCUGGCUUCCAGAACAUUGUCGAUGCUUAUGGGGUGGCCAGCUACAGAGAGGUCAACCCAGCUGUGUAUACCAUAAUUACCUUCCCGUUCCUAUUUGCGGUUAUGUUUGGGGAUGUGGGUCACGGUCUCCUCAUGGCUCUGGCCGCUCUGUGGAUGAUUCUGGAGGAGAAAGAUCCAAAACUGAGGAACAAUACCAAUGAGAUUUGGCGUAUGAUGUUUGGAGGGCGGUAUUUGAUUCUGUUGAUGGGCCUUUUCUCCAUCUAUACUGGGGCCAUUUAUAAUGAAUGCUUCAGUAAAGGCCUCAGUACAUUCUCCUCUGGCUGGCAUGUCGAACCCAAUGCUAAAUACUACAACUGGACUGACGAGACAUUCAUAAAUAAUCAGUACCUCAGUUUGGACCCAAAUGUCACUGGUGUUUUCACUGGUCCCUAUCCCUUUGGCAUUGAUCCGAUCUGGGGCCUGGCCAACAAUCACCUGACGUUCCUGAACUCGUAUAAAAUGAAGAUGUCUGUCAUCAUCGGAAUCAUCCACAUGAGCUUUGGAGUCUGUCUGUCCUUCUUUAACUACCUGCACUUUGGGCAUGUGAGCAGUAUUUUCCUGGUGCUGAUUCCUGAGCUGUGUUUUAUGCUGUGUCUCUUUGGCUAUCUGGUCUUCAUGAUCAUCUAUAAAUGGAUUGCUUACGGCCCUGUGCACUCAAACUCAGCGCCCAGCAUACUCAUUCACUUCAUAGACAUGUUCCUGUUUGCUGAGAACAAGGACAAUCCACCUCUCUAUCAUGGCCAGGAGAUUGUACAGAAGGUCCUGGUCGUGGUAGCUUUAUGUUCGGUUCCUGUGUUGUUGCUUGGAAAACCCGUCCACGAUUACAUUGCACACAAGAGGAGGAGACGGCAGUACUCUGGAGAACGGCGCCCUCUGCUGGCAGAGAAUGGCUCCAUCAACGCACACCCUGGAGAGAUGGAGAGUGGAGGAGAAAAAGAAGAAGAAGAGUUUGAUGUGCCAAAUGAGUUCAUGCAUCAGGCUAUUCAUACUAUAGAGUACUGCCUGGGCUGCAUCUCCAACACUGCCUCCUACCUACGACUGUGGGCCCUCAGUCUGGCUCAUGCUCAGCUGUCUGAGGUAUUGUGGGUGAUGGUUAUGCGGAUCUCCUUUUCCAGUAAGAGCUAUAUAGGCUCCAUAAUUCUGGUUGUUAUUUUUGCCGCCUUUGCUGUGCUGACUGUCUCUAUCCUACUAAUCAUGGAGGGCCUUUCAGCCUUCUUACAUGCUCUGAGACUUCACUGGGUGGAGUUCCAGAACAAGUUCUAUAGUGGAACAGGCUACAAACUCAGCCCAUUCUCAUUUACUUCCAUAAUCAGUGGCUCAUCGGUUAAUUAGCACAGUUGUGUGUCGCAUGACAAAUCGUUAUCUUCAUUCAGAAUUCUUGAUUAUUGUUUCUGCACCUGGAGUCUG